AUUUAUCCUAUUGGUACGGGAAUUCCACCUCAUAUUGAUAGUCAUUCUUCUUUUGGUCCAAGUGUCAUCGCAUUUAGUUUAGAAAGUUCUGCCAUAAUGGAAUUUAAAAAUAUAAAGACCAACAAAGUGAUAAAUAUUGACUUGCCAAGAAGAUCUUUAAUGAUCAUUAAAGAUGAUGCAAGGUAUGCUUGGAGUCAUGCCAUAAGAGCUCGGAAGAGUGAUAUAUUAGAAAAUGGACAAAUAAGGGAUCGUGGUCAAAGAAUCUCACUUACAUUGCGUACUGUCAAUCCAGAUAGAAUUU